ACCACUGGAAUGUGUGUGUUUAAUCCAUUAAAAUCUUGUUGGAUUAAAUGGACUUUUUUUUCCAGAAACUGAAUUUUUGAGAAUGGAGAUGGUUUUUAUUUCUCUCUUUGCCAAGCUUAAAGAAAUGUAAAGAAUGACGGUAACAGACUAGUUGCUAAAUACCGUUCUGUUUGUUUUUUCUUUAUUAAACAAUAAGCAACAAUUGUAAAACUCCUGGAAAACUGUUAUUUUUUGGAAAUGCUGUAAAAAACAAACAAACCCAAAAACCUCUCACUCUGACUUUUGGGAACACACUCGAAGUACAGAUAUUGUGUUCUAAGACUAUUUUUCCCAACACGUUCCAGCUACUACACAUUUUUUGGGAGGGUGAGAAAGGCUCAGAAUUAAAGUGGCAAAAAAUAUGAAAUCUUCUAAAUCAAACGUGGAUUCUGGUUUAGAGUCAGAUACCCAGUGCAAAAGUGGAACAGGCUGCGUAGUGAAAUGUGGCUCAGAACGAAUGGAGAGUGCUGCCAAAAGGAGACUGGCUGCUAAUGCCAGGGAAAGGAGAAGAAUGCAAGGACUGAACACAGCCUUCGAUCGACUAAGAAAGGUGGUUCCACAGUGGGGUCAAGAUAAAAAACUCUCCAAAUAUGAGACCCUUCAGAUGGCAUUAAGUUACAUUAUGGCUCUAACUAGGAUCCUUGCUGAAGCAGAGAGAUACAGCACUGAAAGAGACUGGAUUAACUUUCACUGUGAACACUUCCAUCAGGAGAGCUACCACACUUAUAUGGGACAGAAAAUGGAAACAAACAAUGACCCAUAUGCACAAAGAAUCUUCAAUUAUCCACCUGACCAUUUUCAAAUAGCUAAUUAG